AUGAUUGGUCGGCGAAUACCGGUUGUGCAACGAUAUGCCAUCAGUGUUGCACGUCAGCGAUUUUCCACCUCCCUUUCACCAUGUCGAGCCAUUUUGGCACGCCACUCGCUGCCAGUGUCCAGUACACUUGCCAGAACUGUCAAUCAGAUCAGCUAUAUCCCCUUAAGAGCCAUCCAUGCAAGCGGUGUACGACUUGGCGAUGUGAUUGUUGUGGAAGGACCGGCAUUUGCGGAGUCAAUUUCUGAAGGAGACAUUCGAUGGAUUAAACAGAAAGGAGAUUUCGUAAACGAAGACGAGCUGGUUGCUGAGAUCGAGACUGAUAAGUACCAGUAA